AAGGGAAGACUUCAUCGUCACGAUGUACUAUCACAACCAUCGACCUUUAACCUUUGACAUCUUCGGGCGACGUCGAGAACCUCAAGAAGAAGGACAUAAGACAAGCGAAGGAGCUAAGGACCCCGCAGAACACAUCACCCCGACUACACCUUCUUCAGGAGAGAAUCAAACACCUUCUUCAGGAGAGAAUCCAACCGAAGACAUCUUCAGCGCCUUCGAGUAUUCUGGGAAGAAAACACACGUCGACUUCUCCAUCUUCGGACUCCACGACUCGGAGGUCAACCUUGAAUCCUACGACUUGAGGGUGACCAUGGUGUGGGCUCCUUUGGCCUCGCAGGUCAUGCCUCCAACGGCGAAGGAGAGAAUCGAGGUCGUCAGGCUGAAGGAGUGGGCGGGGCAGGAGGUCAUUCCUGAUAUCAUUGUUUUUGGACUCGGCAAGUGGUUCAUGCUUGAAAAGGAAGACGUGAACGAGUUAAUCCCAUACACAGACGCCCACUACCUUCUGGGUCCCUUGGUGGCUCCUCUCACCCGCCUGGCCGCCAGAACCCACGUCCUCUGGUGGCAUCAAAGCCGGUACAGGUGGUUCAACUUCGAGACGAAAGACCAUACACCGUGGAAGACUGAAGUGAGAAAAUACUGGGAACAAGUGCUCUCCAUGAAUCAGUUCAGAGACGGAAUUCCUUUCAUGGAUAAUUGGCUCUGGCGGACUUCAUUAAGAGACACCGGGAUGUGGCAAUGGGACUCGACAGUGCCAUUCAACCUCGCCAACUUGAAGGAGUGCCUCGAUCUCAGGAUGGCAGGAGAAGUGGAUGCCAAGCUAUACACGGCCAAAUGGUGGAACUGCCGAGACGCGCAUCACUCAUCUUACGAGACGAACGCUGAUGAGAUCCAGAUGCUGUUGAAUCUCCUUUGCAACCCCUAUAUUGCAAGCCGUGAACAAUACUGCUGCUCGGGUGGUUGAGCGAGGAUGAGAGGAGGAAUAGUGAAGAAUAAAUCUAUAAGUGAGGUGGAUGAAAGAUAAACAGGAGGGCUGAUUAGUGAUCAAUGGC